GUGUGUGUGCGCAGCUCUGUUCCUCUGGGAGAUGAUUCAUGUAACACUAGAGUCGUUUGGUAUCAAACCGUUAUGUAGCAAUGACUGUAAUCGCUGGGAAAAGUGACGGUAAAUGUGCUGAGCUGCGGGGACACGCAAAACCAAACGUGAAGAAGAGUCUCGAAAGAGCUGGAAGGAGAACGAGCCCCCAGUGGAAAAACAAAGUUAGACAGAAGUGCCCUUUCGUGGAGCACGGAGGUUAUUGAACGGUUUUAUUAUUGAAAUUAUUACAUAACAUAAUUUUUCCUGAAACACUUGUGUUACACGGCGUCGCCUGAUGGCAGCGCUGUGCGCCUUUUGCACCGUCUCCCAAGUGCAAAGUGUGUUCAGGGGUGCUCUCCUCCUCACAACCUUGCGCAACAUCCUUCCUCGUGAAUUUCGGACUGUUUCUGAUUCAUGAAAUGUAUUAUUGACUGUUUUUCAUUCUUCGCUUCUGUCCCUUCUGAUGACAUUCAGAUAACUGAUUGUUUCCAGUACGGACAGUUCUCGUUACCAUCUGUUCUGGGAUUAGUCAGUUCUGGAAUCGCUCAGUUCUGGAAUCGCUCAGUUCUGGAAACGGUCAGUGCUGGAAACAGUCAGUGCUGGAAUCGGUCAGUUCUGGAAUCGCUCAGUUCUCGUUACCAUCUGUUCUGGGAUCAGUCAGUUCUGGAAUCGCUCAGUUCUGGAAUCGCUCAGUUCUGGAAACGGUCAGUUCUGGAAACGGUCAGUGCUGGAAACAGUCAGUGCUGGAAUCGGUCAGUUCUGGAAUCGCUCAGUUCUGGAAUCGGUCAGUUCUGGAAAUGGUCAGUUCUGGAAUCGGUCAGUUCUGGAAACGGUCAGUACUGGAAACGGUCAGUGCUGGAAACGGUCAGUGCUGGAAACAGUAAGUGCUGGAAACUAUCAGUGCUGGAAUUGGUCAGUUCUGGAAUCGCUCAGUUCUGGAAUCGCUCAGUGCUGGAAUCGGUCAGUUCUGGAAACGGUCAGUGCUGGAAACGAUGAGUUCUGGAAUCAGUCAGUGCUGGAAACGGCCAGUUCUAGAAACUAUCAGUGCUGGAAUCGGUCAGUUCUGGAAACGGUCAGUGCUGGAAUCGGUCAGUUCUGGAAUCGCUCAGUGCUGGAAUCGGUCAGUUCUGGAAUCACCCAGUGCUGGAAUCAGUCAGUUCUAGAAACUAUCAGUGCUGGAAUCGGUCAGUUCUGGAAACGGUCAGCGCUGGAAUCGCUCAGUUCUGAAAUCGCUCAGUGUUGGAAUCGGUCAGUUCUGGAAACGGUCAGUUCUGGAAUCGGUCAGUUCUGGAAACGGUCAGUACUGGAAACGGUCAGUGCUGGAAACGGUGAGUUCUGGAAUCAGUCAGUGCUAGAACCAGUCAGUGCUGGAAACGGCCAGUUCUAGAAACUAUCAGUGCUGGAAUCGGUCAGUUCUGGAAACGGUCAGCGCUGGAAUCGGUCAGUUCUGGAAUCGCUCAGUGCUGGAAUCGGUCAGUUCUGGAAUCACCCAGUGCUGGAAUCAGUCAGUUCUAGAAACUAUCAGUGCUGGAAACGGUCAGUUCUGGAAACGGUUAGUUCUAGAAUCGCUCAGUGCUGGAAUCGGUCAGUACUGGAAUCGGUCAGUGCUGGAAUCGGUCAGUUCUGGAGACGGCUGUUCGGUCUCCGUACUGCGGAAGGACGGGGGCGGAGACACACCUGUGUUCGUCUCGGAACAACACACACUUAACACACGAACCGGUUAAACCAGUUCACAGUCAUCCAGGAAGCAGCCUCAUCAGACACUGUUUUCUGUGUCUCCGAAAGUUAAAAUACGCUCCGGUUGGUGAAACGUACCGACGUUUCUCUCAACGCCUCCUUUUGCGCGUCUCCCUCGCUCGGCCCUUGUGGGCAGCAUGAAUAAAGCAUGAACAGAAUUGUAACUUGCAAUCUGCAGAUAUUUGCCCCACAAAAAAAUCGCCUUCGUAAUAUUGUGCGUUUGCCCGUGGAAAAGAACAUGGGACGCGUCAAACUGCCAAUAAGGCGAGAAGAAGAGGUGCUCAGUAGAGCCAGUUCAUCUGAAGCCUCGCUUUCCAACACACACACUUCUUCUCCGUGGUGUGAGGCUGGGAGGAGCAGACAGAAGGAUGUGGUGGAGUGCGUGUAGGCCAGAGCGUUCACAGCACGAUAAACACUCGUUCUCCUCCCAGCUUUCUAUGACAUACUGCAAAAGCGUGUGUUGCGAGGUCCAAAAGAACAUGAACCGCCAAGCACGUGCUCAGAAAGGGUCAGAAAGGGUCACACGUUCACCACAAGAACGAGAGGCUUCCCGGGAAUCCAGGGUCACCGUGGACCUCUUGCGUGCCGACUCAAUCGCUACAAGUUACGUUCGGGUAAAGGCUACCGCCAGGGACGCCCUGUGACUUUCUGGGUGUUUCCAGGAAUGCAAAUAAGCUGGAGAUAAGUCACGGUAGUCGUCACUUCUGGGCCAGAUGGCGGAUCGUUAGGGUUAGGGUUCGGGACAGAGUUCGAGGUUGAGGUCGGGCUGAGGGUUAGGCGAACCCUUCCUGACACCAAGUUCAUCGUGGAGAACCACGUGUAUCAUUUAUACUAUAUGCACAUAUCAAGUGUUUGGCGCAGCUCACCGAACACCGAAACAAACGUCGUGCGUAAGAGUGAAAGGUUAGGGUUACGGUAGGGUUACGGUAGGGUUACGGUUAGGUCCUCUGCGAUCGAUUUACUCGAUUCUACCAGUAAGACAGUAUUUCUCUCUGUCCUUCUGCUCCUCUCGUCUCCAAAACGGACGAGGCGCCACGAGCCAACGCUCAGUUCCCAACUCGUGCAAGAGACUCUGCGGGGGUCCUUGGCACCGAUCCAACAGGAGGCGGAUGGGCGGGUCCCCAGUGUGCAACUGAACCGCUGAUGCUUCCACUGCUUGAUGAGUGCAUCCCCCUCCCCCCCGCCCGGGACCCGCGGCAACACGUCUGUUCCUCAGUGAGUGACCAGUGACACUGAAACUGGAGCGUCGCGCGCUUCACUUUCGCCCCAUUUUCGUACGUCGUAAGUCGCUGCGGUGCAAAACUCUGCACUUCAGUUCCUCAAUCGGGGAGGAGGAGGAGGAGGAGGAGGAGGAGAAGGGGGGGGGAGCGGAUGCGCAGCCCAGUGCGGUCGCUCACUGUAUGACUGCGGUGACACACAGCGGCGCUCAAACACACGCGUACAGAGCCGGAGAAGCUGGGAGCGCAGCUUUCCAUUUUACCACGGUAUUGUACGCGUUUUCCUCUCCUCUCCUAAAUGCGACGCGACGCGACGCGACGCGUUUGCUUCCUUCCUGCCUUCCUUGUUCCACAGACACCACGCUUUAAGUUUAAUUCACUCGUAAUAAUGAUCCGCUCGAUGAAUGUCAUGUCUGGGAGGGAACGGGGUCCGCGCGCGCCGUGCGCACCAGCCGCCCGAGGGAGGAGGCACGCGCACGCGGUAGAGGAUGCGAUGGAUCCGGGCCGAACCUGGCGGCGUGUGUGUGUGUAGCCGAGCUCUUAGACUUGGUUAGUUUCACUGCCACGAGGACACGGCUCCUGACCCUCUUUUGCCUCCUCCCGUCCCGUCCCGUCCGCCCGGACACCGCUCGGACACCGCUCGCUUCCGACCGAGUGACUCCUUCUUCCACGCGAGACGAUCCCACGGUCCACACUGCGCGCCGCCCGGCCUCCGCCCCUCAAAGUCUUUACUCAUCAUCAAGUGCAGCACUGAGUGAGUGCUCGUUGUUCCGUCCGGUCGCACGCACGGUUCCGGGUUCGAAUCCCAGUCUGCCCCCCUGCCUGCUAGCCGCGAUCGAGGUAGGCUGUUUACCUCUCUGUGUGUGUGUGUGUGUGUGUCUGAGCUUUGUGCCUCUUGGGUGAACAAAUACGACAGAGUAAGUAAGUGGUGUCUGUUUACUCUGCUGUUACUGUAUCAGCUGCCAAAGCUUCUCUCCACAAAACUGUGGCUAAAUCAUGUAUCACUCAGUAACUCUGCUCACCUGUUUCAGUGGCGCCUUCGGCUCAAGCUCCUUUUCCAGCCGCCUUCAAGUAACUUGUGCCGUGUGGCAUAUUAACUGCGUCCUCGCUGUGAAAAGGAAGCUGGCCGGAUGGGUUCGGGUCCAAUCCCCGACGGCGCCGCGGUGAAAACCGUGCGAGGGCCGCCGUUCGUGCGAAGGACCGUCCGGGUGCGGACCCCUGGAGGGCCCGUAAGUGUCGGCGAAAGUGUCUUCGGUGGGUGCGAUUGGUGGAGCGGCGAGGACAAAUUCCACGUCAGAGUUACGAUGGGCGGCGGACCACUGAACGUGGGCCUCGACCUGAGAAGAGCGACCGGCAACGUUGCGUCGAGUUGGAUGUCGGCUCUCCUUUCUUGGGCAUUCUUUCAGCUCAUCUGCACUGCGUGAUCUGGACAUAAGCACAUGUGCUCCUUUGCUGGAAACGUUUUCUCGCAACUCUGCUCCUCAUGCUUUCACAAAUGACAAGAAGAUCCAGUUUUUCUUCUCCGUCAGAAUGUGCUUUGUGAAGCUUUCACAACGGUUACUCAUCAGAAAUGGACGCAGGCUGUCAACAAAGGGUCAUGGAAACUGGGAGGGAGGAUAAUGCUCUCUGUUACGGGCUACUAAGUGCAGUCCUUACCGCAAUCGGUGCGCUCCACCCGCUACACCUGCUACUAGCCAUGUUGCGCCAGACGGAGCCUUCGACCAGCACUCUGCAACUGGUGGCCGCAGACAUGACCGAGAUCAUGGAAAACCUGGACACACGUGAACUGGCCUUUGACACCGAAGAGGUGGAGUUUGAUGGCGCUGACUUCGGUCAUGCAGAGUCACGGAUACCCUUCUCUGCCAUCUACCGCACUACGGGCUUCAAGGAGACGGGCGCCGUGGUCUUCAUCAGCACCCUCCCCAUCACUGCCAAAAUCCUGGAUGUAGAGCGCUUCACGUCCACCCAGGACCGCACACCCUUCAGCCACAAGAGGAGCGUCUCUAAGGUCCCCGCCCUCUUCAGGAUCGAGCUGCGACACGGCAACUUCACGUGGCACGUCAAGAAGAAGGAGAAGCACUUCCUGGAGCUCCACAGGGAGCUGCUGCGAUACAAAACCUUCCUGCGGAUCCCGCUGCCGUCACGCAAUCACACGGUGCGACGGCAGACCGUCAAGAGGAGCGAGGUGCGCCAGAUGCCGGUCCUGCCACGGGGCGGGGGGGAGGACCUGGUGCGGGAGGAGCAGGUGUCCAGCCGGAGGAAACAACUCGAGGACUAUUUGAAUAAGCUGCUUAAAAUGUCGAUGUACAGAAACUACUUCGCCACGAUGGAAUUUAUUGACGUGAGUCAGUUGUCGUUCAUCCACGACUUGGGACCGAAGGGCCUCGAAGGCAUGGUCCAAAAGCGCUCAGGAGGCCAUCGCAUUCCAGGCUUGAACUGCUGCGGUCGCAGUAAAGUGUGCUACCGCUGGUCCAAACGGUGGCUGCUGGUCAAAGACUCGUUUUUGUUGUACGUGAAGCCGGACUCGGGCGCCAUCUCCUUCGUCCUCCUGGUCGACAAAGAGUUCAGCAUUAAGAUGGACUCCAAGGACACGGAAACGAAGCACGGCGUUCGCAUCGACAGCUUGUCCAGGACCCUGGUUUUCAAGUGCUCGAGCUAUCGUCACGCACGCUGGUGGGGACAGGCCAUCGAGGCUUUUGUCCAGAAGCACGGGCGAGCGUUCCUUCAGGACCAUCGCUUCGGCUCCUUCGCCAUGGAGGAGGAGAACACCCUGGCCAAAUGGUAUGUCAAUGGGAAGAACUACAUGGAGGAUGUGGCCAAUACGCUGGAAGAAGCCCGAGAGGAGAUCUUCAUCACCGACUGGUGGCUGAGCCCGGAGAUCUUCCUGAAGAGGCCGGUGGUGGAGGGGAACCGCUGGCGACUGGACUGCAUUCUCAAACGAAAGGCGCAACAAGGCGUGCGGAUCUUUGUGAUGCUCUACAAGGAGGUGGAGUUGGCCCUCGGGAUCAACAGCGAGUACAGCAAGAGGACGCUGAUGCACCUUCACCCAAACAUUAAGGUGAUGCGGCACCCGGACCACGUCUCUUCCACCGUCUACCUGUGGGCACACCACGAGAAGGUCAUUGUGAUCGACCAGUCGGUGGCCUUCGUGGGAGGGAUCGACCUGGCGUACGGCCGGUGGGAUGACCAGGAGCACCGGCUCACCGAUGUGGGGAGCGUCACUCGUUCUCUGGCUUCCGCUGGUGACAAGGGGGGCUUCGAGGCUGCCGUGUCUGGCGACGGGAUGUCCUCCGACAACAGCUCCGCAGCCGCACGCAGCAACGGGAAGAGCGGCAUCCCGGCGGACUCGGCGGACAUGGUGGACCCGCCCAAGCUGAAAGGGUCAAGUCGGAACCCCUUCAACCUCUACAAACAUCUGCAGAGACACGGCCUGCAGCACGCAGACAGCAUCAGCAGCGUGGAGAGCUUGGAGGACAAGACAGGUUCCCUGCGGAGCCUGCACACAGAUGUGGGUGAACUCAUGGGAAACACCCGCUUCUGGCACGGCAAGGAUUACUGCAACUUUGUCCACAAGGACUGGAUCCAGCUGGACAAGCCCUUCGAUGACUUCAUCGACAGGCACACGACCCCCAGGAUGCCAUGGCACGACAUUGCUUCGGUCGUCCACGGGAAGGCGGCACGCGACGUAGCCAGGCACUUCAUCCAGCGCUGGAACUUCACCAAAAUCAUGAAGCCCAAGUACCGGUCUCUCUCGUACCCAUAUUUACUGCCCAAAUCCCACACUACAGCCAGUGAACUGAGGUACACAGUACCAGACUGUGUUCAGACCAAAGCACAGGUUUUGAGAUCAGCCUCAGACUGGUCAGCUGGUAUUAAAUACCACGAGGAGUCCAUCCACAAUGCCUAUGUCCAUGUGAUCUCCAACAGCAAGCACUACAUCUACAUUGAGAACCAGUUUUUUAUAAGCUGUGCUGACAACAAACACGUCUUCAACAAGAUUGGAGAUGCCAUCGCGGAGAGGAUCAUUAGAGCCUUCAGGGAGAAUAAGAAAUAUCGCGUCUACGUGGUGACCCCACUGCUGCCUGGCUUUGAAGGGGAUAUCAAUACUGGAGGGGGCAGCGCCAUCCAGGCUGUCAUGCACUUUAACUACAGGACAAUGAUUCGAGGGGACUGCUCCAUCAUCUCACAACUGAAGAGAGAAAUGGGGGACCAGUGGAUUAACUAUAUCUCUUUUGGGGGCCUGAGGACUCAUGCAGAGCUGGAGGGCAAGCUGGUGACGGAGCUCAUCUAUGUGCACAGCAAGAUGCUCAUCGCCGAUGACAACACUGUCAUUAUUGGCUCAGCCAACAUCAAUGACCGGAGCAUGCUGGGUAAACGGGACAGUGAGGUGGCGGUGAUUGUGGAGGACACAGAAACAGUAGCCUCAGUGAUGGAUGGCCAGGAGUACCAAGCAGGGAAGUUUGGCCUGCAGCUGCGACUGGAGUGUUUCAGGUUGAUCUUGGGUGCUCUGAAAGAUCCUACCAUUGAGGUAAUGGACCCCAUCAGUGACCACUUCUACAAAGAGGUGUGGAUGGCCACUGCCUCCAGGAAUGCCACAGUCUACCAGAAGGUGUUCCGCUGCCUGCCAUCCAGUGACGUGCGCAACAUAUCGGAGCUGGAGGGCUUCCUGUCCAAACCAGGCCUGGAGAAAGAAGACCCCGUCCGGGCCCAGGAGGAGCUAAAGAAGAUCCGAGGAUUUUUAGUCCAAUUCCCCUUGUACUUCCUGUGCGAGCAGAACCUGUUGCCGUCUGUUGGUUCCAAGGAGGCUAUGGUUCCCAUGGAGACCUGGACCUGAGGUCUGGGCAGACCGGGCUCUUCCAGUUCAGUCCGACCGUGUUUGAGUGCGGGGCGUUCUGGAGGCAAGCCCAAGUUCUUCUGCUCUCACCUUGCAGAGCAAUGCCCUUCUUUGACACCAAUGCGGGCAAUGUUGUUUUUGGAACCGAACGAAAACAUGAAAAAAAAAGAAGGAAAUUGCAGAAUGUAGAAAAAAGGUCUCUGCUGCAUUCCGUACACCAUUCCAUCCAUUAGCAGCGCUGCAUGCGUAUUUCUACUGGUACCACUCAGCAGCACUAUGCAAGUUCCGGUGAUGUGCUCCAGGCAACAGAAAGCAAAAUGGUCUUUCAAAACAUCUGAAGCCAACAGUACACCCAGCACACAUUUGAGAUCUACUUGAAGACGUGUCAGUUGUGAUUGGAGAAGGUUUAGUUCUGCGCUGUUUUCAGUGCAAUAGAACAUCGCAUGCUGGACACUUUUGAACUCUCUAGAAAAUACCUACUUGAUGCUGAUGGGUUGGGUGACAUUUUUCUGUACUAAUGACACAUAUCGUCAGGGUACGUGGGACUACAGCAGUUGGCCUUUCGUAUGUAUAUAUGAUAUUCACUAAAGCUCUUUCUUUUCCAUUAGUGGAUUAGUGGAGGUAAGCUGUUCUGUGGUUGAAUCUUGGAAACAGGUGGAAAUGGAGCUGCAUCCUGAGUUCAGCUGAGCGUCUCAUUCCAGAGAUGAACAAUUACAGUCCUGCUCAUUGUCUUCAUUCAGAAAGCAGGCACCAGUAAUGGAGCACAUCGCCGCCCUGAAGCUCAGGGCAUUUUCGUUGCUGAGGCCAAACUUCUUCAGUGCAAAAGGUGCCUCGCACCCUGAGGACUGCUCUCCUCGAGCCACAGGCACUGCUCAAGUCUGUGCCUCCCACUCCCCAUCUCUGCCUACACAGUGACUUUGUUGCUUUCAAGUGAGCUGCAUUUUUUGCACAAUGUGUGAUUUCUUGUCAAACUGAAAGGUCUCCCAUGUUUUGCAUUUUCCUUCUUUGCAACUGUUACUGAAGGCAAACUAUUAAAGAGAAAUAUUUUUACCAGCCUAUCGACGGGCUUCUUUGCACUGCUAAAUGCAGUUCCAGAGCAUGUCACGAGUGAGUGCUCUUGCCUGCGGGAUGCCGGGGGUGUUGGACUCUUCCGUGUGC